AUGUCCUUCACCUUCGGCACUCCCGCCAGCUCGGCCGCCCAAACCACUGGUGCCACCACCUCGACUGCACCCACAACCUCCCUGUUUGGCUCCUCGGCCAAACCUGCAUCGGGCGGUGGUCUCUUCGGCCAGGCACAGUCGUCCGGAACCCCCAGCUUCGCCUUUGGAAACGCCAGCGGCGGCGGUGCUAGUGGUGCUUCAACACCCGCCUCUGGAGGCGGUCUAUUCGGCAACUCGGCUGCCAAACCCGCAGACCAGAAGUCCUUGUUCGGCGCCGCGUCCAGUGCUGCUCCUGCCUCAGGUACGACCACGCCUACGACCACGGGCCCAUCUGGUGGACUGUUUGGUGGUGCAUCUACCUCUCAGCCAGCAAUGAGCAGUGGGUUGUUUGCCAACAAGCCGACCCCGCCAGGCGGUUUGUUUGGCAACGCCAGCUCCGCCCCGGCCUCCAGUGCAGCACCCGCCGCAUCAACGACCGCCAGCGCAUUCCCCUCGGGAGGCUUGUUUGCCAACAAGCCCACCUCGGCCAGUACACCAAGCACGCAACCAGGCAGCCUGUUUGCCGCCCCCAAGGCUGGCUCCUCGCCGUCGCCCUUCGGUUCUGCCAACACCAGCACUCCUGCCACGACAGCACCGACGACGGCCACGACUUCGGCGUCUCUAUUUGGAUCCGCCAGCGCUACCCCUGCGGCGACCGGGCAGACUGGCACAACCGGCUCGACGUCCCUGUUCGGAUCUUCCAAUGCCCCCGCAGCUUCUGCCACUGCAACUCCCGCCAAGUCCAUGUUCAGUAAUCUGCCCUCUACGACUCCCGCCGGCGCACCGCCGGCAGCUGAUGGGCAGAAGACCGAAGCCAAGAAGACGAACCUUUUCUCCGCUGCAAGUGGGCCAUUGCCCAAGCAGCAAGGAAGCCUGUUUGCGAACAACGGCCCGCCCAAGGCGGCUGAAGGUGGUUUGUUCGGCGGAGCAAAGCCCGCAGCUUCCGAACCGGCAGCUACUGGCGCUGCUACUUCUUCAUCAACUCCCUCAUUGUUCGCCAAACCUGCCGAUACACAGGCUAAGCCUGCAGACUCCAAAGUAGGCGCUGCGGCUACCACUGCACCAGCCUCUGGGGGUUUGUUUGGAGCCGCCGGGGCUAGCUCUUCUUCAUCUACGCCAGCUACAACGGCUGCCUCAUCCGGAGGCCUGUUUGGGAACACCGCCAAGCCGGCUACAGGUGCAGCUUCGUCUGAGGCUCCCAAGUCGGCCGGGGGCCUGUUUGGCGCUGCAACUUCAACUUCUGCUCCUGCGACUUCAAGUGCCACCGCUACUUCAGGGGCGGCCAAGCCAGCGGCUGGUGGUCUGUUUGGCGGUGCCGCGGCGGCUACCACCGCAGCUCCGUCCUCAACACCGGCAGCUGCCGCCGCAGCACCAGCUACAAGCUCUGCCCUUGGCGGUGCAAAGGCGGCCGGUACCCCCGUCACUCAACCCGCUUCGAACCCUCUGGGAGCGUCUACCACGGGACCCACAUCACAGUUGGCUCGCCUCAAGAACAAGACCAUGGACGAGAUCAUUACGCGUUGGGCGACCGAUCUGUCCAAGUACCAGAAGGAGUUCAAGGAGCAAGCAGCCCAAGUGGCUGCUUGGGAUAGACUUCUUGUUGAGAACGGCGCCAAGAUUCAGGAGUUGUACCUGAACACUUUUGAAGCAGACAAGGCCAGCCGAGACGUCGAACGACAUCUGAUCACGGUCGAGAGCCAGCAAGAAGAGCUCGAGGUCUGGCUUGAUAAAUACGAGGCCGAAGUCGACCAGAUGUUCUCUAGAGACAUUGGUCGCGCCGAGUCCUUGGCCGGCCCUGACCAAGAACGCGAGAAGACGUACAAGCUUGCCGAGAAGCUGACGGAUCGGUUGGAUGAGAUGGGCAGAGACCUGACCAAGAUGAUCAAGGAGAUCAAUGACAUCUCCGGCACGCUCAGCAAGGGCAACAAGCCCGACGACCCGUUGAGCCAGAUCGUCCGCGUGCUCAACAACCACCUGACCCAGCUGCAGUGGAUCGACACCAACGCUGCCUCCCUGCAGGCCAAGGUCAACGCGGCACAGAAGGCAAGCGCCACCAUCGGAAACCAGUACGGCGGUUCGGAGCAAGACGCUGCCGAGAGCUUCUACAGAUCUUACAUGGGUGGCCGCAGAUGA